UCAGGUCUGUCUAGGAGCUUUUUGACUGUACUUAGAGACAUUCCCUACUGCCCCAGAUAUCGUCGUGGCUGGGAGAUGUUUGUCUCGGUUCAUCUUUGUCAACUUCUCUACGUUUCUCUUGCUCUCAAGGACUGUGCGUCAGGCUUCCCCUUGUUGCCACCUACUGUUGUGGCCUUACCAGUGGAGGUGCCCCCUGUAACCUUCUGUUUGUGUAUUUAUUGUCUCUAUCCAGAUGACUAGUCCUUAAUUUUUUGUUGUUUUGAAUAACCAGCUCAGUUGUUUCCCAGUAACUUUGCCACUGCAAGCUAACUGUGUCCUGACUGGGACAUUGUUCUUGUUUCCUCUUGAAGUUCUAUUCCAGCACCGUCAUUAUCCUUCUGUUACCUUUCCCCUUCCAGUUUUCUUCUUCCCAGUAACCAUUUUCUUAAUGCUUUUUUGCCCUUCUGGUCUUACUUUCUUGUCAUUAAAACUUUCCUUGUGAUCUCACCUAGUACUCUUUUCUUUGCACAUACUCCUUUCAUUUGUAGAUUCAUAUGCUAUCUCCCCUACUUUGUAUUUAAAUCCUCUAGCUAUGCCUUUGAGGGGAAAGGAAUUUUAUCCUAGGUUAUCUGAAUACUUGUGUUCUGGUUUCAGCUGGUGUAGUUAAACACUGGAAGGGCAGUGAUGACUUACUUGUUUAAUCUUAUUUUAUUUUGAUUUUUUAUUGACUCCCUCAGCAACCUUUCCCUUGGUAUAUGUGUUCAUAUAUAAUCACAUACCACAGCCUUAAUACAGACACAUGCACUGAUGCUGCUCAGGGAGAAAAAGCUCUGUAUUGGAAAACCUUUUGGCCAGACUGGGAGGAAUGGUCCACACGGGCUGGAAAUAUACCUAGUAGCUACAUAGCUUGAUUUAGGCCAAAUCAUGUUUGUAAUACCACAUUUUGAACUGGUACUUAGUUCAUAUGGGAUGUAUUUGGGAUGUCUCCUCUUUGGAGAAGUAGUAAGAUACUAUACAGGUACCACGGUACAUAGAUUUUACUGACAAUGAACUGCUGUAAUGUUGUAUGUUGAUAAUUAGGUGUUCAUGUGGCAUCAGCAUUUUGUGUUUCUGAUGGUGACUUGACCAGAAAGAAGUCUUUUCCAUCUGCUUUGUAGCUUCUUGUUUUCAGUAUUUGUUGUCCAACUUCUUAUUUUGUACUGUCUUAGUUGCUUUGGUUCUUAAGGUUGGUUACAUUUCGCAGUCGCCUCAACACCACAUAUUUGAAGUGCAGUUUAAACACUGGACACACUUCCCUCAUGGAGGCAUAGUGAACACAUUUGAUCUCGGAAGUAAUUUGUACACUUAACUCUAGAAUCCUGGUUCAGUGCCUUGUGUUAACAGUGUCUCUGGAGUAAACUUUCCAUUGCUUAUCCAGGGGUCAUUGUAGAAGACAGUCUUAGUUUAGGGACCUGAAUUAGGCAUGUGUGUUCUCCUCCUUGGCUGACAAAAUUGUGGUGGUAGUGGUUUAACAAAAUAAUUUUUCUUCCACCCUACUCCUUUGUAUGCUGAUUUGAACUGGCCUUAAAACUUAGGGCUGUUACUCAAACUGUUGCUUUAAUUUAAAUAGCCUAAGCUAAUUUAAGCUAAGUGGAUGCACACCCUUAUUUCAAUACUGCUUUGGAGGUGCCUCUUUUUUGAUUUAACUUAUUUGUAGUCUUGGUGCAAGUUCUUGGAUUUUAGAUGUAUUAUUAUGAAAACAAUACUGAGUUCUUAGAGAAAGUUCUCAGAUACUUAGCUUAAAAAGUGUUAUCCUACAACUUGCAUGCUAAGAUCUCAGAGUACUGCUUUUCACCUGUUAUGUUUCUUAGGUAGUGCCUAGUUUUGUGUAGUUACAGAUACUUCAGUAGAGCCUAACUUAAUGAUGAGUCAUUUCCCAGGUGCCAGUGGUUUCAUGAAUUGGGACUACCUGGAAUCUUCUCUCUUGCCACGGAAGUUUGAUUUUUUUUUUUUUUCAAUUUUUUUAACUAGUCAAAAGCCCCAUAAAAUUCUAGUGAAUGAAAGAGCCUUUAAAUAUACUCCACUUGCACUUAUACCACUCUCAACAUCAAAUAUUUGUAUUAUGAACAUGAAGUGAAGGAUUUCCUAGUAAGAGGUCAGUGUGUUACCAACUCUGAUGUUGUGCUUCCCAUGCUGUUCAACAGGGUCUCUCUCUGUGCAUCAGAAGGAAGACAGGGCAGAUGUCCCACUUGAAUGGGAUAUCAAGAGGAUGUGCACAGGCAGUCAUAGCAGCCUGCAGGUUGAUACAGUCUUCCUGCUGCACAGACCUGGAAGAAAGAAGAGUAUGGAAAACUUGGCCUUGGAAGUUCUGCGUGUGCUUUAGGAAUACAUGAUCUCAUUUUAAACAGAAUACUUAGGUGCUAGCAUGUUUUUUAGAUGUAUCCUGAAAUUGUAAAAAGAAGCAGGUCAUUCUCAACCUCUGUUCUGCUCUCUGGUGACCCUACCUGGAGCACUGCAUUCAGCUCUGUGGUGCCCAGAACAAGAAAGAUAUGCACCUACUGGAGCAGAUCCAGGAGAGGGCCACAAAAGUGAUUAGUGAUGGAGCACCUCUCCCAUAGCUGAGAGAGUUGGGGUUGUUCAGCCUGGAAAAGAGAAGAUUCCAGGGUGACCUUAUUGAGACCUUCAUUCUGUUUAUAAAGGCGGACUAUGAAAAAGAUGGAGACUUAUUAUGAAGGUCUAUGUUGACAGGACAAAGGACAUAAAUUUUAAAUGGUCAUCUUCCUGGGAAACAUCUUUUUUUUUUUGUAAAGAAUAUAUUGCUGAGUUGCUGUGUUUAAUUGAGUUUAGAAUGCUACUUGACUUGUGAUUCUGAUGGAGGAAUAACAAGAGCUCAGGCUGCUGCACUGGAAGACUUUACAGGAAAUACAAAAUGUCAUCUAAUAGGAGUCAGAACCCACAUGGACUUAAACAGAUUGGUCUCGACCAGAUAUGGGAUGACCUAAGAGCUGGAAUUCAACAAGUUUACACCAGACAAAGUAUGGCAAAAUCCAGAUACAUGGAACUCUACACUCAUGUGUAUAACUACUGUACCAGUGUACACCAGUCUAAUCAAGCACGGGGAGCUGGAGUACCUCCUUCUAAAUCAAAAAAGGGCCAGACACCUGGAGGUGCUCAGUUUGUUGGCUUGGAAUUGUACAAACGGCUAAAAGAAUUUCUGAAGAACUACUUGACAAAUCUCCUUAAGGAUGGUGAAGAUUUGAUGGAUGAGAGUGUGCUGAAAUUCUACACUCAACAGUGGGAAGAUUACAGGUUUUCAAGCAAAGUAUUGAAUGGGAUAUGUGCCUACCUCAAUCGACACUGGGUUCGUCGUGAGUGCGAUGAAGGUCGUAAAGGAAUAUAUGAAAUUUAUUCACUUGCCUUGGUAACCUGGAGAGACUGCUUAUUCAGGCCAUUAAAUAAGCAGGUAACAAAUGCAGUGUUGAAAUUGAUUGAAAAGGAAAGAAAUGGUGAAACUAUCAAUACAAGGCUGAUCAGUGGAGUUGUACAAUCCUAUGUGGAGCUGGGGCUGAAUGAAGAUGAUGCAUUUGCAAAAGGACCGACACUAACUGUCUAUAAAGAAUCCUUUGAAUCUCAGUUUCUUGCUGACACAGAGAGAUUUUAUACACGAGAAAGUACUGAAUUCUUGCAACAGAACCCAGUCACAGAGUACAUGAAGAAGGCCGAAGCCCGCCUUCUUGAGGAACAGCGCAGAGUUCAGGUGUAUCUCCAUGAGAGCACACAAGAUGAGUUAGCACGAAAGUGUGAGCAAGUACUUAUUGAAAAACACCUUGAGAUAUUUCAUACAGAGUUUCAGAAUUUGUUGGAUGCUGACAAAAAUGAAGACUUGGGUCGCAUGUAUAACCUUGUAUCUCGAAUCCAGGAUGGCCUUGGAGAGCUAAAAAAACUUUUGGAAACUCACAUUCAUAAUCAGGGUCUAGCUGCAAUUGAGAAAUGUGGAGAAGCUGCACUAAAUGAUCCAAAAAUGUAUGUUCAGACAGUGUUGGAUGUCCAUAAGAAAUACAAUGCUUUAGUCAUGUCUGCAUUCAACAAUGAUGCUGGCUUCGUGGCCGCACUAGACAAAGCUUGUGGUCGAUUUAUAAAUAACAAUGCAGUGACGAAAAUGGCUCAGUCAUCCAGUAAAUCCCCAGAGCUACUGGCACGAUAUUGUGACUCUUUACUAAAGAAAAGCUCAAAGAAUCCAGAAGAAGCAGAAUUGGAAGAUACACUCAAUCAAGUGAUGGUUGUCUUCAAGUACAUUGAGGAUAAAGAUGUGUUUCAAAAAUUCUAUGCUAAAAUGCUGGCAAAGAGACUUGUGCAUCAAAACAGUGCCAGUGAUGAUGCUGAGGCAAGCAUGAUCUCCAAAUUAAAACAAGCUUGUGGUUUUGAGUAUACAUCCAAGCUGCAGAGAAUGUUUCAAGAUAUUGGUGUAAGCAAGGAUUUGAAUGAGCAAUUUAAAAAGCACCUGACCAAUUCAGAACCAUUAGAUUUGGAUUUCAGCAUCCAAGUGCUGAGUUCUGGAUCAUGGCCGUUCCAGCAGUCCUGCACAUUUGCUCUGCCAUCUGAGUUAGAACGGAGCUAUCAGAGAUUUACUGCAUUUUAUGCCAGCCGUCACAGUGGAAGAAAAUUAACAUGGUUAUACCAGCUGUCCAAAGGGGAAUUGGUUACCAACUGUUUCAAAAACAGAUACACUUUACAGGCAUCCACAUUCCAGAUGGCGAUUUUACUGCAGUACAAUACAGAAGAUGCCUACACUGUGCAGCAGCUGACAGACAGUACUCAAAUAAAAAUGGAUAUUUUGGCACAAGUUCUACAGAUACUGUUGAAAUCAAAACUGCUUGUUUUGGAGGAUGAAAAUGCAAAUGUUGAUGAAGUGGAGUUAAAACCAGAUACUUUAAUAAAACUGUAUCUUGGUUACAAAAACAAAAAAUUAAGGGUAAAUAUCAAUGUGCCAAUGAAGACUGAACAGAAGCAGGAGCAAGAAACUACACACAAAAAUAUAGAGGAAGAUAGGAAACUACUGAUUCAGGCUGCUAUUGUGAGAAUCAUGAAAAUGAGGAAGGUUCUAAAACACCAGCAACUGCUUGGAGAAGUGCUAACACAGCUGUCCUCAAGGUUCAAGCCACGAGUUCCUGUAAUUAAGAAAUGCAUUGACAUCCUUAUUGAGAAGGAGUACUUGGAACGUGUAGAUGGUGAGAAGGACACCUACAGUUACUUGGCUUAGCAUUUUUAUUAGCAAUUACUUGACUGUGUGACACUCGGCAAGUAGGUAUGUGAUGGAAAGAAUGCAAGUGACAGAACUUCAUAGCAGCCACCCUGCUGCCAUUUGGACCUCCCUUUUUAAUGACUGAGGCCAGGACUCCAUCAGCCAGUCUCAGAUUUACAUCAGAACUGCUCAGGAUUGAUACAUUUCAAGUAUGUAAAUAUGGACACCAAUGCCAUUUAACCUAAUUUAAGAACAGAAAGGAAUCAGACCCUUCUCGUUUAAGGGUUGCAUGCUACUGCAUUUAAAUCAAUACAUUGGCUAUAUGAUAAACAGCUGCCAUCACAGGCAGCACUUAUACAUGUUGGCAGCACUUGGAGAGCAAGUCUGAAUGGACCCAUGUGUAAUCUGCUAUGAAAAACCAUUUGUAUAGUGUGUUUCAUUUUUUAAUGUGUGAUAAAUAAUAAAAAAAAAUUAAAA